AUCUUGGGGAGAGUACUAUGAUGUCAUAAAAGAGCUGAGAGUUUAGAGGGGAGGGAAGCAGAGCACUUGGGUCAGAAGACUUUGGCUUCUGAUAGUCAUGGACUCACUAGACUGCUGAGGAAGAUCCAGCAUCUAUUCAAUCUGCUGAAACAUCCAGGAAACUACCUUUAACACCGGGAACCAAGUAUGGAAAUGCUGAACUAAGAAGAGCCCAAGGAAGAACCGUGUUGCCAGAUCAGGAACUCCAACUCUAAAGAAGAUGAGUGAUCCAUCCAAAACCAACCAGUGCCCCCCUCCAUGCUGCCCACCAAAACCAUGUUGCCCACCUAAACCGUGCUGUCCACAGAAACCACCUUGCUGUCCCAAAUCCCCAUGCUGCCCACCCAAGUCCCCAUGUUGCCCACCAAAGCCCUGUCCCUGUCCUCCCCCCUGUCCCUGUCCCUGUCCCUGUCCAGCCACCUGUCCUUGUCCCCUGAAACCACCAUGCUGCCCACAAAAGUGUUCGUGCUGCCCCAAGAAGUGCACCUGCUGCCCACAGCCACCUCCUUGCUGCGCUCAGCCAACUUGCUGCUCUUCAGAGAACAAGACUGAGUCAGAUUCUGAUACAUCUGGCCAAACUCUGGAGAAGGGCUCUCAAUCACCACAGUCCCCUCCAGGUGCUCCAGGCAGCUGGAACCAGAAGAAGUCAAACAAGUAGACUGUCCCUGACACCAUGCCCUUUUUCAAAGGGUAUAGGACUUCUACAGGUCAGGCUAAGACUAUGUUGUAAAGAUGCUGUUUUUACAAUAACCAAGUCCACUCAAGCAUAAGCUACCAUUUCGCCUAACUGUAGGCUACUAUUGCAACUGGAAAUGGAAGGUAGAAAAGGAUAGAAACAUCUUGUCUAGUGAUCCUGACAUUUAGAUAGCAAAGAAAUAAAAGAGCAAAUAAAAAGAA